CGUGUAUCCGGUCCGCUGUAUGUGAAAGCCCGCAGUCCCUCCGCCAUCUUUACUGUCGCCCCAGUCUCGUAGAGCAGAGAAUAGGGAGGGGACCCGAGAUUGGUCACGCACAGACCGCGCGGGCCUGACAGGACCUGGCGCUACCGCUGUGACCAUGACACCCAGAGCUGCCCGGGGAACAGCCUGCCAGUGACCAGCAUCUGCCCGCACCCCCCCCCCCUCCUCUUCACCACCGUUAUCUCCCAUCGACCGCUCAGUCAUGUCGUCCGCUCGCUUCGAAUCUUCGGACCGCUCGAGCUGGUACUUCGGACCUGUUUCCCGGCACGAGGCUCAGUCCCGGCUGCAGGGCCAGCGGCACGGAGUCUUCCUGGUCCGAGACUCGUCCACCUGUCCCGGGGAUCACGUGCUGUCCGUCUCCGAGAACUCCCGGGUCUCCCACUACAUCAUCAAUUCCCUGCCCGGCCGCCGCUUCAAGAUCGGGGACCAGGAGUUCGACAACCUUCCCGCCCUGCUCGACUUCUACAAGAUCCAUUACCUGGACACCACCACCCUCAUCGAGCCGGCCCUCAGGUACCCAAGCCCACCUGUCAGUGCAGGAUUAGCACCCAAUGUUGUAGCAUCCGAGGACAACUUAGAAUAUGUACGAACUCUGUAUGACUUCCCUGGGAACGAUGCGGAGGACCUUCCUUUUAAAAAGGGAGAAAUUUUAAUAAUUGUAGAAAAACCAGAGGAACAAUGGUGGAGUGCUCGGAACAAAGACGGUCGUGCUGGUAUGAUCCCUGUACCCUACGUCGACAAGAUAUCCCGUGUAGCAGUUCAUGGUAAAAUGGGGAACAGGAAUUCAAACAGUUACGGUAUUCCAGAACCUGCACAUGCCUAUGCUCAGCCGCAGACUCCCAGCCCGCUGCCUACCUCUGGGAACCCUCCUCCUAUCACUCCAUUGCCAUCUACCCAGAAUGGACCUGUCUAUGCUAAAGCUAUUCAGAAAAGAGUGCCAUGUGCUUAUGAUAAAACUGCUCUUGCGUUAGAGGUGGGCGACGUGGUGAAAGUGACUCGGAUGAAUAUAAAUGGCCAAUGGGAAGGAGAAGUGAAUGGUCGAAAAGGGCUUUUCCCCUUUACACAUGUGAAAAUUAUUGACCCUCAGAAUCCGGAUGAUAAUGAGUGACUUGUGUUUCUCCUCUGAGCUCUGCCUAAAGAACUGUCCUUCUUCCAGAUCCUCUGAAGCUUUCUUGGCAUAUCCAGAUCUUUCAGCCGCCUGGUUAUUUGACACUUCUGAAAAUAACACACUCCAAAGUUCACCUACUGACGCAUGUAACAUAGCUGUGUUUGUCUAUAAUGCAGAGCUACGGCUUCCCACGUGUUCAAGGGCCCGAACAAGCUUACUUAGAAAUGCUGUGCUGCCAGCCGCUAAUCCUGUGUCGCUGUGGAGAACAAUGCCUGGUGGAAUUCUGAUCAUUCUUUUAUUUUUUAACAAAUCCAAAUCAUGCCUAAAGGCUUGCAGGGACAUUGGAUCUUUGACUAUACACAUCGCUACAACCUAACAGAGUGCUGUGAUAAGCUGCCCCGUGUUGUGCUCAAAUCCUUCAUUCUUAUGGGGACACCUCAAGAUUGUGUUCGUGGGUGAAUUUGAGGCCUUUAUUUAUACAGUUAAUUGUUCUAGACAGGAAUUGAGAACAUGUCCACUUCCUCUUCUGAUGCGGAGUUCUGUCACUGUAGUGAAAGAUGUCAUCUGCUUGUCCUUCUAGUAAGGAAUGGAUAUUUGAUGCCGCAGUGUACUAUCUGUAUUUCUAUUUCUCUCUCUUCCUCUUAGUGAGUGCCAUUAUGGAAUCGUCCUGUCGGGUGUUUAGCAAAUAGAUCUCCUGGAAAAGCUUAGUGAUAUUUUUAUUUUUUUUUCCUUGUAGAAAAAAGCAAAAUAUUCCAGACUUGAGUGCUGCUUCUGUAUUGUUGCAGAAUGCUAGUAAUAUGUCGGAACAUCUUUCAAACCUCAAACUCAGUCCUAGUUUUAUUUUCUUUGAUUCAAACUUUGAUGAUCCUUUGGGAUUUUUGUUUUUCCAUCUGUCCUAUUCUACCGCAGCUUCUAAGCACAAAGGGAGGAAGCGGAUCCUCAUACAAUGAGUGUAGCUCCUUCUUACUUUUCCCCUUUUUUCCUGGAACAGUGCAAAAAGCAUAUACAAUAGAAAAGCCCAACUGCUGUUUACGGCCUAUGUACCUUCUAUGCAGUGAGCUUUGGUAUGCCCAUGAUCUUCAAAUAGCUGUUCCCACUUCUCACAUUCUGCCAUUUUUUAAAAUUUGCUUUCCCCUUUUGAUUGAUUUGCUGGAUCUGGACCUUUCAGCCGCAAAGUACGUGAAUUGCUGCCCUGAAUUUUAAUUUUACUGUCCACUUGGUUGUUUGAGUACAACAAAAGUUGAAAGGGAAUUUGUCACUUGGGACGCCAUCCCAUUUUAUUUUUGCAAAGGGAGGGAAAAGUGCAUUUGUGCCAUUUUUUUUGUUUUGCUUGUAAAUUGUAAUUUUAUAUUGUAUUUACCUGGGGUCAGGGGAAAUUAUGUUUUGAAAUUCAGUGUAAUUAACAUUUUUAACUGUUUCAGACCAUUGAUUUUUCUGCUCAUAAGCCACACCUUUUGAUUUCUGCUCAAUGUUUUCUCUGUAAUUUUAUUUUUUUC